AUGACAAGAACGAACACCUCAGGAGAAGUAGAAUUCGAGAUACCAACAGGGAGGAGACUCUGGACCCAAAGGAGGGACCAAAAGAAAUACAAUCAGGAAGGACUAAUUGAAGAGUUAAAAGGGAGCAGAUUGGCGCCCUGUUAUAGAGUACAGAGAAUGAACGGGGCAGCCAAAUUUCCGGAAAAGAGUCAAGGUACUGAGAAGGAGCCAAUCGGACAAGUCGGGCGCAAGGGUUCGAAAAAAUCAGGGAACAGGAGAAGGGCAAACCUCAGUUAA